AUGGGCCUGCCCGCUGAUUCGGGCAAAGACGGAUCCAACGGGUCCUCGGGUUCUCCCGAUGCCGAGCGACAGACUGGGCUGGUUAGCAGGAAGAGGAGUCGACCUGAGGGCGGAGCAGAAACUGGUGAUGAGACUGUAGCUGCCAGGGCUUUUAGCCUACCGCCUUGCUUUGUGGAGAAGGAUUUCUUCGAGGGGUUUCCCCUGACUGUGUCUGAUAAUGAGGCCGACAUCAUUAAGCGGCUCGACAAGGAAGGUCUGAGGAAACACCUCGCCGCUAGCAUGGUCGGUGUGGUGAAAAUGAUCGAGAUGGAUGUGGUCCUUGCAGGGGAAGGAUCAGAUUCUUCGGACCGGGUUAGGGAGCUGGAAUCGGAGAAGGCGACCUUUGCGGCCAAAUCUCGCAAGUUAAAGGCGGCCCUCGAGCGGUCCGAGGAGAUGUUUCGUGAACAGGCCGACUUAUUGUCAGGGGAGAAGGAGAAGGCGGAAAAGGCCUUUGAGAAGAGGGAUUGCCUCCAACUCGACAAGGAACGGCUGGAGAGCGACAACCAGCGGUUGUCUAGGGAGAUCGAGGAGUUGAAAGCUGCUAUGCUUCCUGCUGAUGACGAGCCUGAAGAGAUAGCCUCUUUGCAUACAUGCUCAGAUUUGGUCGCUCGCAUCCACCUCCUCGAGUCAGAUUGCGUUGGUGCCUUAGCCGACAGGUUCGAGGCUGUGGUGAGUCAGCUGCCCGUUCUAAAUCCGGGCCUGAACACCAGGGAGUCGGAUUUCUGUCUCAGAUUAUUGACGACCAGGUUGUGCCUCCUCCCGAUUCUCCUGAUGUGGACACCAGUAAUCCGGGGAAUGCUUAACAUCUAG